GCCUGCCAUUUGCAACAAAGUGGUAGCUUUAUAGAGCUUGUUGAUGAAACGUUAAAAUAUGAAGUUGACAUAAAAGAAGCAGAAGUUAUGGUUAAAGUAGCUCUCUUGUGUACAAAUGCCUCCCCAACACUCAGACCUACAAUGUCUGAGGUAGUUGGCAUGCUUGAAGGACAAAUGGCUGUUCCCGACAUGAUUCCAGAACUGAGUUCAUAUACUGAAGAUUUGAGGUUCAAAGCCAUGAGAGACCUUCGUGAGCAUGAGCAAAGUCAUAGUUUCAGUGGGAGCCAAACACAAAAGUCAACCACUAUUCAAACGUUUAACUCUUCGUCGUCUAUAUCUGAGAAUACCAGUUACGAGAUAAGCUCAGAACCAAAACUCUCUGAUCAUGUGCAAUAG